UAAUUGUUGACGUUUUCAGUUUUCAAUCAAACAAAUCAACCAAAUGUAUAAAAACAUGUAAUGAAUACGUUUAUGGGCGAUGGAAUUCGCCGAAAUGAUAAAAACGCCUAAAUUAGACGGGGUAAUAUGUCACAGCCCCUUUUCCGAUCCCAUAGAAGGCAGGCUGUGCAUAACGGGGCACCAUUUGAUAGUAUCAUCGAGAAACGAGGACGUGCAAGAAGUCUGGCUGUUACACCAAUGCAUAGAUUCCGUAGAAAAACGAACGGCCAACAACAAUUCAUCCCAAAGCGGCGGGUCCAUAUUCUUAAAAUGCAAAGACUUCAGAAUCAUUCAAUUAGACAUAGCCCAUCCUGAAGAUUUCAACAACGUCUAUUUAUCCCUCCAACGUCUGUCGAAUUUGGAGAAACCCGAAUUGUUGUAUCCGUUUUUCUACCGGCCCAUGUACAACAUCCUCGAAGACGGGCAUACUCUGUUCGAUUUAGAAAUCGAAUACACCAAACUGAUAGGUAGCGAUGAAUGGAGAGUGUCCCAUAUAAAUAGAAAUUUCGGAGUGUGUAAUAGUUACGGCAGCACUCUAAUAGUGCCUAAAAGUAUAGACGAUGAGACUAUUGUAGCCUCUGCUAAUUUCAGAGAAGGCGGUCGAUUCCCUAUACUAAGUUACAGGCACGAUAACGGUACAGUUUUACUUCGAAGCAGCCAACCGAUGUUAAACAACUCCAACAGAAGAUGCAAAGCCGACGAAAAGAUCCUAAAUUCCGUACUGGGGCCCUACAAGAAAGGCUACAUAAUCGAUACGAGGAGCUCGAAUUACGUUAAUUACUGCAAAAACAAGGGAGGCGGCACCGAACCGGAGUCCUACUACAACCAGUGGAAGAAGGUUUACAAACCUUUAGAUAAGAUAUCGAAAUGCGACGGGUCUGUUUUAGAACACCUGUCGAAAUUUAUCGAAACUUGUCUCGAUACGAACUCCGACAAAUGGCUAUCGAAAAGCAUCAACUGGUUGAAUCACGUUCAAAACGCUUUAAAUGCAGCUUGCCUAGUAGCUCAAUGUUUAGAUAAAGAUGGCGCUUCUGUACUAGUACACGGAGCUAACGGACAGGAUAGCACCCUAAUAGUAACAUCGUUAGCUCAAGUGAUACUAAACCCCGAUUGUAGAACUGUCAGAGGUUUGCAAGCUUUAAUCGAACGCGAAUGGCUACAAGCCGGGCAUCCGUUUCGCACGAGGCACCAACGGUUCUGCUUCGCAACCGCCCGAACCAAAGGAAUCCAACCGACUUUCCUGAUAUUCUUGGAUUGUUUGCAACAGCUGUGCUACCAGUUCCCCGGCAGUUUCGAAUUCAAAACCGACAUGCUGGUGACGCUGUUCGAGCACUCGUAUUUCAGCCAAUUCGGCACGUUCUUGGGCGAUUCGGAGCGCGAACGAUCGCUGAUCGAGUUGCCCAAGAGAACCACCAGCCUGUGGUCGUAUUUAAAUCGACCGGACGUGCUCACUCGGUUGUUGAAUCCCGCUUACGAGCCCAACAAAUCGCCCGUGUGGCCCAGCGUGGCGCCCGUUAGCAUCGUGAUUUGGUCGGAUUUGUAUUUCAGGUGGUUGAUCGACCCGCAAGAGCAGAAGAAGGCGCUUAUUAAAGCGGAGGGUAUUAUACAGAGGAGCAAGGAUCUGAGGAGUACUGCCGUAAAGCUCAGGAAACAAUUAUUGGAUAAAAUUAAAGAGUUUCAUUGUAUGCAGGAGGAAUUGAAAGUCGAAGAGGAUUGAUUUGUAGCCUAUUCGAAUUAGUUCAUAUCAAUUAUUUGGUCAAUUUUUUAAAAUUAGAUCUCGUCUGAUUCGUUCGGCUUAAUACAUGACAAUUUUUUGUUAUAAAUACGUAAUUAUUAGCAUUCUGGUCAAUUCGAUGAAUUGUCAAUUUUCUAAUACCAUUUAAAAAAAGACAUAUUGCCCUUAUUUAAGUACAUAUAUUUAUUUGUUAACAACAUUAAAAAAUAUAUCGUUGUAUACUC